GGACGUGCCCAUGGGAAACUUGCUGCGCAGCCUGAUGAGCGCCAAGUCCGCGCACGUCGACCAGCGCUUCAGACGCUUGCUCUUUGAUCCUAAGCAGGCUGCAUGGUUCGGGUCGGUGUUCGAUGUCCAUGUGACCUAUGACCCGCAGAACAACACACUUUACAUCCCGAUGGCCAUGUUCGCCGAACCGAUGGGAUUUGACAACGCCGAGACGCCCCUGUACAUUCCACGUGUGCUGGCCGGCCUGGCCCAACAGCUUAUGUCGGCGGUGACGGGCCUGGGCUCGCUCUUCGACGUCCAGAGCGGCGCCGUGCACGAGUGGUGGGGCCCCGACACUCGCGACGCGUACGCCAACUUCAGUAUCUGCCUGGCGCAGCAGUACAACGCCUCACUCAGCGGGCUUUUUGUCAGCUCCCAAUACGGCACGCUGACCGCGGAGUCCAACGUUCGCGACAACGCCGCCGUGGCCUUCCUGAGCAAUAUGUACACCAGGCACCUCAAGGAGCGGGGCAUCAAGGGGAACUUCGUGCUCGCCAACCUGCCCAACGUCACCGCGCAGCAGCUGUUCUACACUUCGUACGCCAUGGGCUUCUGCGAGAAUUCCAACGAAGGCUACGCGCAGCGCCAUGUGAGGACGUCCACCGUGGCGCUCACGCAUCACCGAGUGAACAUCCCUUUGGCGAACAGCGAUGGCUUUGGCGACGCCUUCCGGUGCCUGCGGGGGACGCCGAUGAACCCGAACGUCAAGUGCAAGUUCUGGAGGUUCCAAUAAAAAAAAAGGAAGAAAAAAAAGACGGGCGGCUGCCCUGUUUUAAUUCGUAGUAGAACUUAUAGAGCGACACGAAUCGUGCAUUAUAUUGUAAUCGUGCAGUCCUUGCCCAAGUGGGUUAUGCUACUCAGGUUAUUAAG